CCGGGAGCGCUCGGAAUCGAGCAGAAUUUUUAUAACUGCGAUGACAGUAUUCUCCGAAAAUCCGGUAUUUAAUUUACGUGGAUUUACGUAAUGAAAUUACACAAAUGUUUGCAAUACAACACACGUGGAAUCAAUGACAGUCCGACAGUUUGAAAUAUAUAAAUUUUCGUCUUUCUCAUAUCGAGUGCGAGUGGGAUACCAUUUUGACCGAGUGAAUAUAACCUAAAAUAUACGGCAAUAACCUCAAAGUGAGCCAUAACCUUAAAUCCCAAAUAUUUGCUAUGGUCUUUGCUAUGGUUAUACACGGACCUUUACCCAAAAAUCACAUUCGUUGAAUCAGCUUUGCAUCACAAAUAUUAUGCAAAAUUUGCCAAAAUGCUCCAGCAGGCAUUUCUUCCUGCCAAGGAGAAUUCUCAGUCCAUUAACUUACCAAGCCUCAAAAGAUGACUCGAUAUUGGAACGACAGAUUUACAAACUUAGCGGCUUAUCACAAACGAAGUGUUCUCGUCCCUUCACCUACAAUGCUUACCAAAAAAUUCGCAAGGAAUACAAAGCGGCAUGUUUGAUCCUGGAACGCAGCGGAUUCAUAGAGUUUCUAAACACAAAAAAUGUAUCAUCCAGAAAUUUUGGAACUUCGACUACCAAAUUUCGGGGAAGAAUGCCUGGGGACCCUGCUAAAGCUCCAGACCCUAUGGGCCCUGGUGGGAAAGGUCCGCAGGGUGAAAAUGAGCAGAAAACUUAUUUGCUGAAGCUCUUUCUAUUCAUGUUCCUCGGUUAUUUUAUAUUUGUAUAUCCAUUUAAUAGGCUCAAGAAUAGAACAGAGGGACAAAGAUUCAUUUCUUGGAACGAAUUUGUCCACACAAUGUUGGCAAAGGGUGAAGUAGAAGAAUUGGUAAUCAAGCCAGAAAUAGAUUGGGUUACCAUUGUUUUGCACGACGGAGCAAUUAUAAAAGGCAAGCCGAGCUUGCUCAGAGUUUAUCACAUGUUUGUCUCUGACGCAACACAACUGGAAGAAAAACUUCGCGAGGCAGAAGCAGCACUGGGCAUUCGACCUGGGCACGGCGUCCCAAUUGUUUAUGAAAGACGGAACGAAUUUUUGCCUUUCAUAAUAGUCCUUGCUUUAACACUUUUUAUAUUGUCUUUCAUCACUCGCUCAAAGGGUGUCAAAUCACCAUUUUCUGCCGAUUUCUUUUCUCACAUGACUCGAGCCAAAUUUACUCUUGUCGAUCCUGUUGCCGGAGCAGGAAAAGGUGUACGUUUCGCUGAUGUGGCUGGCCUCAAAGAAGCCAAAAUUGAAGUUAUGGAAUUUGUCGACUAUCUCAAACAUCCUGAACACUACAAAACACUUGGAGCUAAAGUACCAAGAGGAGCUCUCUUGCUCGGACCUCCGGGUUGUGGAAAAACUUUACUGGCAAAAGCUGUAGCAACCGAAGCCAACGUUCCAUUUCUCUCGAUGAAUGGAUCCGAGUUUAUCGAAAUGAUUGGGGGCCUGGGUGCAGCAAGAGUGAGAGAUUUGUUUAAACAAGGGAAUAAAAGAGCGCCGAGUAUUAUUUACAUCGACGAGAUCGAUGCAAUUGGAAAAAAACGUUCAGGCACGGGCUCUGGGGGGAUGGAUAGCACAACCGGAGAAUCGGAGCAAACUUUGAAUCAACUUCUAGUCGAAAUGGAUGGAAUGGUUUCAAAAGAAGCUGUCAUUGUUUUGGCCUCGACCAAUAGAGCAGAAGUAUUGGACACCGCACUUUUGAGACCUGGACGAUUUGAUCGACACAUUCUAAUAGACCUUCCGACUCUUGAGGAACGAAAACAAAUAUUCGAGCAACACUUGAAGGGAAUUUCUCUGGAAAAAAGCCCCGACGCUUAUUCUGAACGCUUGGCACAUUUGACUCCUGGAUUCAGUGGAGCUGACAUAGCUAACGUAGCGAACGAGGCAGCGUUGCACGCGGCAAGAUUCAAAAAAAAAGUCGUUGACGCGACAGAUUUGGCGUAUGCGAUUGACAGAAUGGUCGGUGGAACCGAAAAACGAGAUCACGCGAUGUCGCCAUCGGAAAAAAAAGUUGUUGCUUAUCACGAAGCAGGCCACGCGCUCGUCGGCUGGUUAUUAGAGCACACGGACGCUCUCCUCAAAGUUUCCAUAGUCCCUCGCACAAAUUUGGCACUUGGCUUCGCUCAGUAUACGCCAACUGACCAAAAAUUGUACACGAAGGAACAACUCUUCGAAAGAAUGUGCAUGGCCCUUGGUGGACGCGUCGCUGAAAGUCUCACUUUCAACCGUAUCACCACUGGCGCACAAAACGAUCUUUCCAAAGUCACCAAAAUGGCCUAUGCCCAAGUACAACAAUUCGGGAUGAACGAAAAUGUUGGUCUCGUUUCUUUUGAUGAGGAACAAACUAGCCCGAAAAAUAAAAAACCUUACAGCAAAAGACUUGGCAAUUUGAUGGACGCUGAGGCGAGAAGAUUGAUUGCUGAAGCUUAUAAGAGAACAGAGCAGGUCUUGAAAGACAACGUCGAUAAAUUGGAAUUGAUUGCUGAGACGCUUUUGAAGCAAGAAACGUUGAACUACGAGGACGUUGUGAAGCUGAUAGGACCGCCUCCAUUCGGUAAAAAGCGACUCAUAGAUUCCGUAGAUUUCGAGAGAUCUCUGCAAGUAGCAGAUUCGCCACCAUCAGAAUCGUCGCCACCAGAAUCACCGUCGUCAGGCGCGUCACCGGCGCCAGUUUAAAAUUCAACGCAAACCACGUAAAAAGUGAGAAAGGAAAAGAAAAAAAUUGUUAAAAAGCGUGAGUGUGUCCUUCAAAGUGCAUUUUGUAUUCAGAACAAAAGUUGAUCAGAAAAACGCUGUAGUCGAAUUACACUUGAUAUUAUUGGAGGAAACUGAGAACUUUAUUUCUCAUUUCGAUAAACGAACAGCCGCUCCACUACGAUUAAGUUUCUAAAUAGAAUAAAAAGUAAUGGAGCAAAACAUCAACGAAGAAAAUAUAAAAAAUAUCGUCUAUAAUAACGUGA